AUGGUUUUCGCAUUCGACCAGAACGAUGCGCAACUUCCAGCCAAUCCGCUGCGAAAUUCUGAGCCUGCAAUGCCCGACGACGACAUGUUCGCACCUGGAACCAUGGACAUGAGCCCACCGAACGUGCCCCUCCACGUAGGCACCCCACCGAUCAACAUCGUCAGCCCUAUGCCAAAGCGCGCAGUGCAGCCCGACCCUGAAGCCAAGCAGCAGGGACCGGCCAAAUUGGAUUUCGACGCCGUUAUGAGGAAGGCUCAGAAGAACAAGAAAAAGAAGAAGAAGGGCUUGAAGGCAGGUCUACAGGCUACAAGUGUCACACGGGGCUUUCACACUCCGGUCACGUCUGGUGGAGAGGAAUCAGACUAUUCUCUGGCGACUACACCACGUUUUGGACCUGUUCGCUCCGGACUCCCAAGCGUGACCAGCAGCCCAGCGCUUCGCCCCCAGUCCACCGCGGGAGGCAUCAGCAAUCUCAAAGCCCAACUAGAGGCGCUGAAUCUAGGCCCAAGGAGCGAUUCACCCAUGAAAGAUUCCCCAGGAAAGGGUGUUCCUAUGAGCAGGGUCACAUCGCAGUUGUCGAGUAACACCAGCAUGUCGGGCCGGGAUAGCGACAGCGACCGCACCGAGAUGGAGAGCUACGAAAUCGACCUCAACGCCGAAGACUUCAGCAUCGACACACUCUCCAAAACCUCGACUAUGUUGAACAGUGGUAUGGCGCGCAAGAUGACGGCAGAAGACUUUGAGCCGUUGAUGUGUCUGGGCAAGGGCAGCUAUGGCACCGUCUUGUUGGUCAGGCAGCGUGCAACAGGCCGUCUUUUCGCGCAAAAGCAGUUCAAGAAGGCUUCGAUCACCGUGCAUAAGAAGCUCAUCGAGCAGACCAAGACGGAGCGUAAUGUCCUCGAGAGUGUAAAUCGACACCCGUUCAUCGUCAAUUUCUACUACGCCUUCCAAGACCAGGAGAAGCUGUACCUCAUUCUUGAGUAUGCCCAGGGAGGCGAGCUGUUCCACCACCUUGAAGCCGAGCGCAUGUUUUCUGAAGAUGCAGCAGCAUUCUACAUGGCUGAAAUGGUGCUCGCGCUCGACCACCUUCACCGCACAGUCGGUGUCAUCUACCGCGACCUAAAGCCGGAGAACUGCCUUUUAGAUUCCGAGGGCCACCUGCUCCUUACCGACUUCGGCCUCAGCAAAGUCAGUCUCGAUGAAGACAACCCUUGCCGCUCCUUCCUCGGCACCGUAGAGUACAUGGCUCCCGAAGUGGUCCAAGGCCUCGAAUACGGCGCAGCAGUCGACUGGUGGUCCCUAGGCGCGCUUGGUUUCGACCUCCUCACUGGUGCUCCUCCCUUCACUGGCAACAACAAUGCUAAGAUCCAGGAAAAAAUCGUAAAACAAAAACUCGCACUGCCUUAUUACCUCAGCGCCGAGGCCAAGGACCUUCUCACCCGCCUCCUCCGCAAAGACCCGAAGAAACGUCUAGGAUUUAACAUGGCCAAGGACCUGCCGAACAUCAAGAAACAUAGGUUUUUCCGCAAGAUCGAUUGGAAGAAGUUGGAAGCGAGGGAGCUGACACCGCCGAUUCAACCACUUAUCACGGACCCGGAGUUGGCGGAGAACUUUGCCCAGGACUUCACCGAUCUGCCGUUGAGUCCUGUUCUGACCAAGAAGUUUGAUGACUUGAUGUUUGAGAGUCAGAGCCAGGCCUCUAACAAUCCUUUCGGUGGAUUUAGCUUCGUGGCUAGCCAGAGUCUGUUGGACAGUGGAGAGUGGGGAUACUAG